AUGUCCGCCGGGUUCCGCCGGGUCUCUUCUGUGCUCCGCCGGUUGUCGCCGGUGCUCGGGGCUGUCUCCGCCGGCUCGGCUCGCUUCUGCUCCGGCCGUCAGGAGCGGCUCCGCGGGCCUCCUCUGGCCGGGGAAGUGGAUCGCUUCGGAGGCGUGACGGUCCGAGACUUUCCGCCGGACAUCAGCGAGGACGCGUUCACCGAGCUGCUGCGGGGGUCUCUCCGUCUCUGGCGGUCAGAUGGCCGUGUGGCUGUAUGGCUGUAUGUUCCUAUCUCUCUCAGCAGACUCUCAGCAGCAGCGGCUCGUCUCGGGUUCAGCUUCCAUCACGCUCGGGGACACGAGGCCGUUCUCAGCCUGUGGCUCGGCCCGGGACCGGACAGACUGCCUGCCUUCGCCACGCACCAAGUAGGAGUCGCUGGUGCUGUCGUGGAUGAAUCCAACGGGAAAGUCCUCGUCGUUCAGGACAGAAAUAAGACGAAGAAUGCUUGGAAGUUUCCCGGCGGUCUGUCGGAUCUCGGAGAAAACAUCGGCGAGACGGCCGUCCGAGAGGUUUUUGAGGAGACGGGCGUGCGCUCCGAGUUCUGCUCGCUCCUCAGCGUCCGUCAGCAGCACGAUCACCCGGGAGCGUUCGGCAUGUCCGACAUGUACCUGAUCUGCCGGCUCCGGCCGCUCUCCUUCCGCAUCCAGCUCUGUCCUCAGGAGUGCGUGCGCUGCGAGUGGAUGGACCUGAGCGAGCUGAGCGCCACCGCAGACACCACGCCGGUCACCAGCCGCCUGGCCAGACUCCUGCUGCACGGCCUGGAGCACGGCUUCCAGAGCAUCGACCUGACCGUGGAGCAGCUGCCGGCCGUCUACAGCGGCCUCGUCUAUCAGCUCUACCACAGACGGCUGCCGGAGCCGGCCUAGAGCGGCGCCAACGUCUCAAAAUGGAGCCAGGUUAUGCUUAGAACUAAUAAAUACCUGCCGAGGCGCCGGAAAAACAAGGUUAACGAUGCAUUUAUUGAUUUUAAGCAUGAACUCGCUUCAUUCUGACACGUUACAGGCACGGAUAUCUUUUUGCGUCUCUGCUAAACGUGCCCUGAUUUAAAGAGAUGUUUGUAGUUAAUCAUUGUUACAGCAACGAACUCGAUCUGAUCCGAAAACCGUUAGGAAUCUGGUGCAGACUUAAACUUACACCGAAAUCAAAACAAAAAACGCUUUCGGUGAUGAAAAGGAAGCCUGUCAAAAAAAUGCCUUAUAUAAUAAAAAAUGGUCACGAUGGCAUCAAAAGAA